AUGUCCAUUUCUGACGCGAAACUGCUCUCUCAAGGGCCGUUGCCCGACGACGAGGCCCGUUGGGUGAAGCUCACCAAAAUCACCUACCGAGACCCCCACGGUGCCGUCCGGACCUGGGAGUCUUCCGAACGCCGCACCCGCCCCGCCGGCACCGACAUUGACGGCGUCGGCAUCAUCGCCAUCCUCGACAAGCCGACCGGCAAGGAGCUCAUCCUCCAGAAGCAGUACCGGCCGCCCAUCGACAAGGUCACCAUCGAGGUCCCCGCGGGGCUCAUGGACGCCGGCGAGACGCCCGAGCAGGCUGCCGUGCGCGAGCUGAAGGAGGAGACGGGUUACGUCGGCGAGGCGGUCGAGAUGUCCCCCGUCAUGUUCAACGACCCGGGCUUCUGCAACACCAACCUCCGAAUGGUGCACGUUCGCAUCAACAUGAGCCUUCCGGAAAACCAGGAUCCCAAGCCGGAGCUGGAGGAGAAUGAGUUCAUCGACGUCUUUACCGUCCGUCUAGCCGACUUGUGGGAGGAAUGCAAGCGACUCGAGGCCGAGGGAUACGCCAUCGAUGCUCGGGUCGGCACCUUUGCCGAGGGCAUCCUCACCGCCCAGCGGCUGCAGCUUUGA